AUGAUAUAAUAGAUUAAAGAAUAUAAUAGAUUAGAAGAUUUUUUAAGGUCUUCACUUUCAUCUCAUUAAGUUGUACAUAUUGCUAUGAGGUCUAAUUUGAUUAGUGAAGGUGCAUCACGCUUAGGUUCAGCUUUAGCAAAAUGCAUUAAUCUCUCAAAUUUGACACUUUACCUUUAGUCUAAUUAUAUUAGUGAUGAAGGUGUAUCAGGCUUAGGUUCAGCUUUAGCAAAAUGCAUUAAUCUCUCAAAUUUGACACUUUACCUUAGUUACAAUUCAAUUGGUGCAAUGGGUGCAUCAGGCUUAGGUUCAGCUUUAGCAAAGUGCAUUAAUCUCUCAAAUUUAAAACUUGAUCUUCGGUCUAAUUAAAUUGGUGAUAAAGCUGCAUCAGGCUUAGGUUCAGCUUUAGCAAAAUGCAUUAAUCUCUCAAAUUGA